UGAUAAAAUCUUAGUUGAUCCCUCUUGAUACAAAGAGAAGGGGGUGAGAAGUUUAAAAAGUAAUGGAGUGUUUCUCUGCGGACCCAUUUCCUCUUCUUUAUGUAUAACAAUACUAGAUAUUGGGCUAGAUAAAAAAAGGACUCGCAACUCAUUUCCUCUUCUUUAACGAGAGCUAAAAGUCUGUCAUUUGAGCAAGAAGAAAAUGAAAAUCAAACAUGAUAAUUUUUACUUAAACUCGAAAAUCUAAUUUGAUGAAUUUAAAACUAAAUUCGACCAAACCUACUUUGACAAUAAUUGUCUGAAUUCGAAAAAUUCAAUUCUGAAAUUAAAAUAUUUAAACUUAAAACAACCCUUUAGGAUUCUAUGGGUCAAGACUAACCCAGAUAAUUUAUGAAAAUGUUAGGGUUAGGCUUCAAAAAGUAAAGGCCCAACCUAGAAGUUUUGGCGGGAAUGGAUCAGCUAUGAAAAUAGAGAUGGAGAGAGUACGAAAAACGCUUCCCGCUCCUUUAAUUUAUGGCGCCAAACGAAAGAAAAAAAAAAAAAGCCAAAUCCGGAACCAAAACCAAAUCUCAUCUUUUUUUCUUUUCUUAGUUUGUGUGAUUUCCGCCAUUUUCAAAUACCCCCAAAUAUCCUUCUUUUGAACGAAGCUAUUGUUAGGGUGCCGGAAAUACUAUCAGAAACGGAGAGAUGUUCGGAAGAGUAAGAGCGUCACCGUCGCCGUCGUCAGUUGACUGCUUCGAGAUUCCGCCUUCCAAGAUCAUCAAGGACGAUUCCCUCUCCAUCUAUGAGACUACACUGAUGAAGCUUAAACUAGGUUCCCAACGUCACCUGAUCUCACCACCGCCGACGACGGCGGCUGAUUUAACCGAUUGCGCUUCUGGGACUGUUCCAAGCAAUACGAACUCCGAUGAUGAAUCGAUGGUGAUUGACACGGAUUGUUCUCCUGUGAGUGUUUCAUAUACUUCAAGUGAUUUUGAAUCAACGAGUAACUUCAAUUCUCAGCAAGGAAGUAACGGUACGUCGAUUCGCUACUUGUUUUCUAAAUUUAGGGAUCAUCAACGCGUUUCAACGAUUAGUGAUCAAACAAUGAUGAUAGAAUCGAUUGGUUCUACGAGUUUUUUGGGUUCAAUUGAGUUUCAAUCUUUGAGCAGUGGGAAAAGAUCAAGGGAAAACCAUGAAUCUAGCACUAGCACAAGCAAUGGAAGUACUAUUAUAUGAUUGAAUUUGUUUCAAAGAAGGGCUUAGAUUUGGCUUAUUUGUUGGAUUUAGAAACCUUAUGAAUUCUUUGUAUUACGGGUAUGUUUAAUUUUUUUAAACAUUUGAAGGGUUAUAUUUUUAUAUCCGUACGAAUAUUCAUCGAAACAAUAUAAUUGAAGCUUUAGAUUCUUUGUUUUU